AGAGGAAGGCUCUCCCUCAUUUCUUGUUUGUCUAGUUUAUUAAGGAGCUAUUAUAUAUUUGUUUUUGUUUAGUUUUUUUUUGCUUUUUCGAUUUUAAACCACCUAACAGCAGCCCAGUGCUGUCUGGAAGGUGGUUUUAUUCAGUUAUUUUUUUCUUUCAUCUAUGGCGGACGGACAGAUGGCUAUGAACUUGGACUUGGCUGGAGAAACAGAAUUGGGUAAUGAACACGGAACUGGAAAUAAACGACGAGAUGCAAAAGAUAAGGAACAAAAGAGAAACAACUCAAAGAAGGAUUACCUGAAAGAAGCAACUGUGACGGUAGACAUCUGUAAUGUGAAUGCUAGGGCGGAGGACAUCAUAAAAGCUGUAACGGAAAAGGUCGGCAAAGGAAAUGUCUUGGCGGUAAGACCUAAACAAAAUAAGGAAUACGAAGUGACAUUAGAGAAUAUCGACGAUGUUGAACUGUUGGUUGAAGGUUUAAUGAUAAAAGAGACACUGUGCGAAGUAAAGAGGUUGCAAAACAGAGACUACGUUGUCUCAUUCAUGCACAUGCCCGCAUACAUUGACAAUCAGAUAUUUUUAGAUAAACUGCAAGGGUGGGGAGUUACCCCUAUUUCGGACAUCAAGAGACGUGUUUAUCCGGGCACAACUGUUGAAGAGGGCACACGAUUUGUAAAAUGUCGCUUCCCAAGGGAAGUAGUGUCUCUCCCGUACAGCACAAGGCUGGAAACAGCUGAAGGGCUUCAGUAUUUUAGGGUGAUGCACAGCCAUCAGGUUAAAACCUGUCGGCUGUGCAUGAGCCCUGAGCACGUCUUGAAAGACUGCCCAGAUUUUAAGUGCUUUAAGUGUGAGGAGAGAGGACAUUUUGCCAGGGAUUGCAAUGCGGUUAAGUGCCCGGAUUGUAAAAAGGUUUUAAAUAAGUGUGAUUGUUGGUAUGAGGAUGAAGAGACUCAUGUGAGUGGGCAGGUGCAUGAGCGGGACAGCGUAGUCGAACAAGGCGGCGGCUUACCACAGCAAAGAGAAAAUCAAGCGGCGGGCAAAGACAUUAUUGAGGGUUGGAGAACAUAUGGACAAGACUGAAGUUCAAAGCAUUAUUGAUGAGACAGAAGAACGAGGAGGACAGACAAUCACAAGACAGACAAUGUAAAAUCACGGAGGAACAAAAAGACCAGCAUGCACAAGCGAAAAGAAUUUUGGCACCGAUCCACAUUACUAGGGACUUUGAGGAUAUUUCGGAUGCAGAUGAGGAUGUUAAAGACGACACAGAAGAAAUGGUAGUAGGAACAUCAAAAAUAAGCAUAAGAAAACGUCAAAUCAAGCAAACGACACUGGACUGGCACGAGGAACAAGCAUGGCAAACGAUUCUGGAC